CGUAUUUAUCAGAUUUGGAGGGGUGAAGAGGCUAAUAGAGUUCUCUGGGAUCAACCUAUAUUCUGCUCAUAUGAUGAUGACUCUAAUCAAAAUACUAAGUAUCUUGAUAUUAGCUUUGCUAAUAUAACCAAUUCCGCUGUAGAUAUCCUUCAUAUAGAGUCCCAACCUUUAGAUAAUAUAUCAACAGAG